CUGCGAAUAUACGCGCUACUUAUCCCCGCAAACAUGCCCAAAGUCAUCUCCGCCAACAUCUCUCGCCAGUCUCACACGAAGCCACUACGCUCCCGCGCGACCGUGAAGCUUGAGCAGGUCGCUGCUGAACCGCCUGCGAUUGCGAGUGGCGCAGCCAAGAAAAGUGCGCGGGCCGUGCGGCCAUAUGAUAGACCUACAAAAACCGAGCGGGUGCAACCCACUGUCGAGCGCGAAGGAAGUUCUCGCGGCAAGAUCGAGCGCUCGCCGGCGAAUGUCGCAGAAAGCUCGACCUUGCAGCAGACCGAGGCUGGGAAUGGCUCCUACGAUUCGACUGCGGCCUGUCCCAAAGUCAUCGCCCGUGAAUUCGUCGACGACGACAUUGUGAUGCUUCACUGUGAGUGUCUGCACGAUGCGGACCAGAUUCGCCUGCAGUACCGAGACGGGGCGCCUCUGCCGCGUCCCAACACGAUGGGCUUCGAGCUGUACAACCGCCUUAGGCGGCAGCCGGUUGCGUGGAACGGAUCCGGGACGCCCCUUGUGUACCGGGCCCUCGUCUCGAAGCGCGGCUCGUACGUGCUGCGCUACAAGGGGCGCGUGGUCUGGGAGUAUAGCACGGACGACUGGGCUGCGUACUGGGAAAGACAAGAGAAGCUCAGCAAGAAACCCUACGACUGGGACGCCUGGAAUCGGGCAUGGAAGUGCAUCGAGCAUGGCUUUCGUAACCCCAUCCCGGGCGAGAAGGUCGAGGCAUACGUGCACGUUGGCAGUAAACUUACCGGCGUUGUUGAGGCGCCUGGCUCAGACGCCUUCGACUACCUUCCGACGGACUUGUUUCGGCGUUGCGACCUUGAGACGACGCACCGAUUUCUUGAAUACAAGCGGCGCACGGGAAAGGUGGCAUACCUUCCGGGCCCCUGACUCGUUGGAAGCGCCUUGUAGAGCAUCCACGCGUGUACUAUGUAUAUGUCUGUAUAACACAUAUCAAAUUCUGUAGCUGGUACGGGC